AUGUCGCCCGCUGAAUCCUCCCAGCAGAACCCCGGCUUUGUAGCCGUUUUUGUGGGGGCCACCAGGGGCAUCGGCUUAGCUACCCUCAAGGCGCUUACGCAGAGGUUGAAAAAGCCGCGGUUCUAUGUCAUCGGUCGCUCGCAGGCCAAGUUCAAGCCUGAGCUGGCUGCCCUACGCGAAUGUAACCCUGAUGCCGAAAUCCGGUUCCUCAAGGGGAAAAUCUCCCUCCUCAGAGACGUGGAUGAUGUAUGUGACCGGAUAUUGCAGAGCGAGUCUCACUUGGACUUGCUCUACAUGAGUCCAGGAUCCUUAGCCUUUGGUGGGCCGCAUUAUACAGAGGAGAAGAUCGACUUGUGCUUCGCAUUGUCUUUUUAUACCCGCAUACGGUUUAUUGGCCGUCUAUUGCCGGCCCUCUUGCAGGCUUCCAAACCCCGAGUCCUCUCUGUGCUUGCGGGCGGCCAUGAAACUCCACUUUGUACCGAGGGCGGAGAUAUAGGAUUGCAGAAGGAGGGGAACUACACGGCUCCGCGGGCCGUGAAUCAGGUGACGACACUGCAUAGCCUUGCCUUUAUGCACUUUGCGUCUCAGUACACAAAGGUUUCGUGGCUACACGUGUACCCAGGCUGGGUAGCCACUGACUUCCUCUCCGAUCUCCUCCAAAGCGCUGGUACUAUUGGUGUUGUGGCGGGGAAGAUAAUUGCCCCUGUAUAUCGGUCUAUUGCUAUGAGUGAGGCGGAGUGUGGGAAAAGGCAAGCUUUGUAUGCCCUGAGUGGUAGAUAUCCUAGUCGAGAUAUGAUUUGUGCUGCCAUGGUGGAUGUGAAUGAUCAGGCGCCGUGUCAUGGUAUGUGCAGUGGGUUUUAUCGUGUGUUGAGUGAUGGGAGGACGGCUACAGGAGAUGAAGUGCUUGGACCGCUGGAGAGGGAGGGGUGGCCGCUCAAAGUAUCUGAGCAUAUUCAGGAAGUGUUUGAUAGAGUCUUGAGCCAGUAUUAA